AUGAGCCAUCCGAUCGUGCAAAGGCUGUUGGAUGUCAAAUUCAACACGAAAAAGUUCCUGGAAUUAGCGACACAUGGCGGCAAGAACUUUCCCGACAAUGAAGGUCGAAAGUUCUACGCUGAUCAUUUCGACCUGACCCUGCAGGUAGUAUUAAUGUCAGGAUCCACUUUGAAGUUCUUUGCAGGCUUCUAUUCUCUACGUGGUGGUGGUGUUCGGCACGAAAUGGUUUAUGCGUAACCGACAGCCAUUUUCGCUUUUUGUCCCGCUCAACAUCUGGAACUUUAUCCUCGCGGCUUUCUCCAUCUUGGCAACUAUUCGGAUGACUCCCGAGUUCUUCUCUGUCUUAACCAAUAAAGGAGUCGUUAGUGAGUUAUCUUUCGCCUUUGUUAUAAUACCUUGGUGUUGAAUUUAAUCGAGGUUCUAUGUUUCGUUAUCAGUGGCCAAUUGUCACUUGAAAUGAAAUAGAGAUAGUGAAUUAUUUUCUUGGGUAUAGAAAUUGGUGCGAAAUUUUUUAAAAGAAAAAAGAAAAAGAACAAUGCCGGCGAACUUUUUGUAUCUUGGACAAUCAAUGAAAUUCAGAGAUAAAUUCGGACAACUGGACGAAACAGAAGAGCCUUAAGUUUGUAAUUUGAAGAUUCAUACUGUUACCUGUACGACUUCACGAAGGGGGAUAAUGGCUACUGGGCGUGGUUGUUCAUGGCCUCGAAGCUUUUCGAACUCGUCGAUACGGUUUUCUUGGUCCUUCGUAAACGCCCUCUCAUGUUCCUUCACUGGUUAAUUUUUUUCUUUGUUUGAUGAUCGAAGCUGAUUUGUCAACAGCGAAUAAAUUAUGGGAAAAUUAUUGGAUUAUUUUCUUGGCGACUUAAAAAAGUUAUGGUGCCCGAAAACUAAACAUGGCUUUCCUAGAUUUUUUGUUCACUUUGAAAUCUACGGGUAGCUGUUUUAAACUUUUUUCUUCUUCAUGUGUAGAUUGAAAGUAUAAUGAUUUCUAUUAGGUCUCAUGCAAAAGAGCCAAUUUUGUAGCGUAUCGAGCAAUUAUUUUCUGAGGUUGUUUUAAUAAUGAGCUCUUUAUUUCAGGUACCAUCAUAUCCUGACUCUUAUCUAUGCGUGGUACUCGCAUCCCAACUCUCCAGGUUUCAACAGAUAUGGUAUCUAUCUCAACGUUUUGGUUCAUGCGUUCAUGUACUCGUGAGUUUUUGUCCCUGCCUCUAUUCCAAAAAUUCACCUUCACUUAAAUUAUCUACAGAUAUUAUUUCUUGCGGUCGAUGAAGAUCCGUGUGCCUGGAUUUGUCGCGCAAUUCAUCACUUCGAUCCAGAUCCUCCAGUUCAUCAUUUCGUGCAGUAUCCUCGCGCACAUUGCUUUCCUCGUUCACGUGCAGAAUGUUAGUUGGAGUUUUCAGUAUUCGUUAGAUUAGCAGAAGAUUUAUAUGUUAGAAGAAAUUUGAAACAAGGGAAACAUGUCAUUUAUAUCCACUUAUCACAUUCAAACUUCUUUUGUUCUCUCUUGAAUAUUUUGAACUUUACAAAAAAUUACACAAGGACAUUCAAUUCAGGUGCCAUGCGAUUUUGACUCGGGCGUUUUCAAACUGGCUACGUUCAUGGACACAACUUACCUUAUCCUGUUCCUCAACUUCUUUUUCAAAUCCUAUAUCUACAAAGGCGGUAAGGCCAAGUACCGCUCGGUUGAAACCAAGAAAUCUCAAUAG